UUAAAACUCAAUAUCGAUUGAUUUAACAAUGCAACAUUGAACGGCAACGUCACUAAGCCGCGCGAUAUUCAAUUAUUUUUUCUGUGAAAAAAUUUUCAUUUGAAUUUUUGAAAUCGUAAAACAUGGCAGGCCUCCUUAGUUUGUGAAUAAAUAAAAAUAUAUCAAAAUAAAAUGGAGGACGAGGAGUUUGUAGGUUGCAUCAGUUGCAUGAACACAAACGAUUUAUGCGACCUAUUUGCUUUGUACGCGGAGAACACGGAGACUUAUGCAAAAAUGUUUGAAACCUGUUUCGAUAUUAAGGUCCCUAAUAAUUUGAAAUAUAUAUGUUCUGAAUGCGUAGAGAAUUUGGAAAAAUCUACGUCAUUUAAAAUCCAGACUACUAAAAGCCUGAAUAUGCUUCAAAAUGUUAAAGAUGAAGAAUAUUUAGACGAAUCUAUUCUAGAAGAAGCUGAAAGCAGUAAUAAUGAAAAGAAAUUGGAGAUUUUAAAGUCUACUUCAGAUGGAGAGGAUGAAGAAAUGGAUGUGAAACUUUGCAACGAGCAGACUCCAAAAUAUGUGCCGAGAGAACGCAAGAAGUGUCACAUGUGUAACCGAGAUUUUAGUCAGAAACAGAUACUUAACAAGCAUCUGUGGAAGGCCCAUGGAUUUGAGAUUUCAUGAUAUUCAAAAGCGCUAUUCAAGAAGAAACGAAGUACAGAUUUCGGAAGACCACUGCAAGCAAGCAGACGAUUGAAGGAGUCAGAUCUCAUUACAUGUGCAGCCAAUCUGGGGUCUACGUGUACCAGGGAAAAGGCAAGCGCCCAGCUCCGGAAAGACAAAUAUAUAAGACGGGAAAGGCUUGCCCUGCUCAUAUGAUAGUUACGGAAACAAUGGACCGUGUGCUUGUUACAUUUUACAAAA